AUGAGGCGCACACUUCGUGUCGGUCAAGCCAUCGAUUUGUUGUUUCAAAGCGACGAAGAAAAUGUGGAAAGUUCGUCGUCGGAGAGUGGCGGCGAUGAGUUUGAGGACCCAGAUUUUGUUGUCGAAAACACAAGUGAAGACGAACAGGCUGGGCCAUCUUCAACCCCUGCCCCUACCCCCACAACAAGCCGACGGAGGUCAUCAUCGAGGCUGCGUGGGGAUAACUUGAGUGAAGACAAACAGGCUGGGCCAUCCCCCACCCCCAGCCCUACCCCUACCCCCACAACAAGCCGACGGAGGUUAUCAAAGAGGGUGCGUGUGGAAAACUUGAGUGAAGACAAACAGGCUGGGCCAUCUACAACCCCUGCCCCUACCCCCACAACAAGCCGAGGGAGGUCAUCACAGAGGGGGCGUGGACAGACCAAGUCAAGAUCUCCAGCCCAGUCAGCAGCCCAGUCAGCAGCUCAGCCACAACAAAGCUCUGAGCCAUGGAGAACUGAAAGUGAUCCUGACACUGCCCCACAAGUCAGCAGGUUCAUUCCCCGCAGAACACCAGGACCCCAGGUGGAUUUGCACUCAACGUACACACCUAAGGACCUUUUCCUGUUCUACUUCGCCGCAGACACUUUGAGGACACUGUGCAGGAAUACAAACAAGCAGGCAACCAUCAAUCAGCGAAAGGGGAGCAAAUACCAGUGGACUGAUAUUGAUGUUGAGGAACUGCACAAAUUUCUGGGUCUCCUCAUGUACACAUCCUUGGUGACUCUGCCAAGUAUCCAAGACUACUGGAAACAAAACCACAUCCUGUCUGUGCCUUUUCCAGCUACUGUCAUGCCAAGAGACAGAUUCCGGACAAUAUCCUGGAACAUCCACCUCAGUGAUCCAGAGGAGGAUGUCAAAAAUGACCAGCUAAAGGGAACACAACAGCAUGACAAACUGUUCAGGGUCAGACCUCUCAUGGAUGAAAUUCGGACUGCCUGCAAGGCUUAUUACCAUCCCAAAAAGGAACUGUCAGUGGAUGAGAGGAUGGUGGCUACAAAAGCAAAAACAGGCAUGACUCAGUACAUGAAGGACAAGCCAACCAAAUGGGGCAUCAAACUGUUUGUGUUGGCAGAGUCAAAAAAUGGCUAUACUCUGGACUUCAAUGUGUAUGUUGGGAAAGCACACACACCCAGCGUACAUGGUCUGUCAUAUGAUGCUGUGAUGGACCUCAUACAUCCAUCACAUCUGGGCACAGGUUAUCACAUUUACAUGGACAACUUUUAUACCAGCCCAAAACUGUUCCUGUCAUUGGCUGGCAUGAAGUUUGGAGCCUGUGGAACCUACAGGAGCAACAGAAAAGGCUGUCCUACUGAUAGACAAAAUGCCCUCACCAACAAAUCUCAGAGGGGGAGUGUCAGAUGGAUCAGAGAAGAUCCCUUGGUCUUUGUAAAGUGGAUGGAUACACGGGAGGUGUCGAUGUGCUCCUAG